ACCACAUACUUCCCUCCUCUACUCUGUGACAGUUCCUCUACCUCCCGUCACAAACACGGAAGCAGCAUGGCGUCCGGCAGCGGCUCCGGCUCCGACAGCCAGCAAAUCUCCCAGCAGAGGUUGAGGAUAAUUGCAGGGCAUUUGCGAGCACCAACGGAUAGCGGUUCUGGCAUAGUAGCCACUGAGUGUAAAGCCCAGGGGAGCGAAGCGGAUGUCCCACACCAGGAGAAGACGACUAUGCCGAGAAGGAGGCAGGAGAUUAUGAAAUGGAAUGGUUGGGGAUACAGCGAUUCCAGGUUCGUCUUUAAUAAAAAAGGCCAAGCAGAAUUCACUGGCAAAAGAUAUAGAUUAAGUGGUUUGAUCAUCCCUGGGCUGAAAGACUGGUUUGAAAGCACGUUUGGAGGCAGUCUGCAGGACAAAACUCCGGCAACACCCCUCCUAAACAGCAGUGCCAUACCAGCUCCCACUCUCAACCAGCCAUUUGAGGAGGAUUUGAAAUCAUCUGGUAUUCCCUUCUCGCAUGAUGCCGAGGACCGCGUAUUCCGCAGCCAUGGGCAUUGCUUACAUGAGAUCUUUGCCUUACGAGAAGGGAGAUUCGGUCGCCUUCCCGAUGUGGUGGUGUGGCCCAAUUGCCACAAUGAUGUUGUCAAACUUGUGGAACUGGCAUGCAAACACAAUGUUUGUCUGAUACCAUACGGAGGCGGCACAAGUGUGUCCAGUGCACUCGAGUGUCCUGCAGAUGAAGCUCGCUGUAUCGUCUCUCUGGACACCUCUCAGAUGAAUCGCAUUCUGUGGAUUGAUGAAAAAAAUCUAACUGCUCACUUGGAAGCAGGCAUCGUUGGUCAGGACUUGGAGCGACAGCUUAAUGAGAAGGGAUACUGCACAGGCCAUGAGCCGGACUCCAUGGAGUUCAGCUCGGUGGGGGGUUGGGUGGCAACCAGAGCAUCAGGCAUGAAGAAAAACAUCUAUGGCAACAUCGAGGAUCUGGUCAUUCACGUUAAGAUGGUGACGCCACGAGGGGUGAUUGAGAAGAGCUGUCAAGGCCCCCGCAUGUCUACAGGGCCGGAUGUUCACCACUUCAUCAUGGGAUCUGAAGGAACCCUGGGUGUGGUCACUGAAGUGACAAUGAAGAUUCGGCCAAUGCCCGAGUAUCAGAAGUACGGCUCAGUGGUGUUCCCCAACUUUGAAAAGGGUGUUGCAUGUCUUCGAGAAGUUGCUAGACAGAGGUGUGCUCCGGCAUCUAUUCGACUUAUGGAUAAUGAACAAUUUAAAUUCGGUCACGCCCUCAAGCCUCAAGUGUCGUCACUUUUCACCUCAUUUCUGGACGGCCUGAAGAAACUGUACAUCACUAAGUUCAAAGGCUUCGACCAGAACCGCCUGUGUGUGGCCACCCUGCUGUUCGAGGGAGACAGAGAGAAGGUGUUGCAGCACGAGAAGCAAGUUUAUGACAUUGCUGCAAAAUUCGGAGGCCUGGCAGCCGGGGAGGACAAUGGGCAGAGAGGCUACAUGUUGACCUUUGUCAUCGCAUACCUCCGGGACUUGGGCAUGGACUACUAUGUGAUAGGGGAGUCCUUUGAGACCUCUGUACCAUGGGACAGGGUUUUGGACAUCUGCCGGAACGUCAAAGCUCGCAUUAUAGGAGAAUGUAAAGACAAAGGAGUGCAGUUUCCUCCGUAUUCAACUUGCAGGGUGACACAAACAUAUGACUCCGGUGCCUGUGUCUACUUUUACUUCGCCUUCAACUACAGGGGCCUCGCUGAUCCAGUGCAUGUCUAUGAGCAAGUGGAGCAUGCUGCUAGAGACGAGAUCCUUGCUAAUGGGGGCAGCUUAUCACAUCACCAUGGAGUGGGGAAGCUUCGCAAGGAAUGGAUGAGGCAAACCGUUUCCAGCGUGGGUUUGGGCAUGCUGCAGUCCGUCAAGGACUACGUGGACCCCGGGAACAUCUUCGGCAACCGGAACCUCCUCUAACCCCGCCUACCCUACCUCUCUCUCUCACACACACACACACACACACACCUCCAUAACCGUGCAAGGAGAUUCCCGAAGUUGGUGCCAUGUGUGUUUCUGCUCUACAACUGAACGAUAGGGAUCGAGUCCAUCGCACUCCUACGGAAAUGAAGUUGUUUUUUUUUGUUUGUUUUAAGAUCCUUGAUGUCCAAGGCCCUUACAUACAAGCCAGCAAUGGCACUUGUAAAGGCUAGUUAUCAAAGAUAUGGGCUAAAUGUUUUUGGAAGUGUUUUCCAUCCACGUGAUGUUAGUACGUUACUGAUGCUCUGUGCCUUCUCCAAAGCUUUUGUCUGCCUCCCCCUCCUAAUAGUGUAUAUGUAUACUACCUUAGAGGAUCACCUCGCAUAGAGUACAUAAUUGCAUACAAUAGGAUGAAUGUGUGUCGCACUGAUGAUGUAAUGCAAUUUUUUGUUCGUGUGUGUGUGCGCGCGUGUGUGUGCGGACCGAAUGAACAUACCCUUGCUUGGACCUCAACUUGACUUUUCAUGGUUGUCUCACUUUGUUUUUGUACCGUAGUUCCCAUAAUGUGUUACUGACUAACAAAACUUUUUUUUCCCCCUCUAACUCACUUGCUGCUGCUCGGCGUUUGAUUCAUUUGAAUUGGGAGGGCUGGCAGUACUCCUUUACUGCCAACUAGGGCUGCGGCUAUCGAUUAUUUUAGUAGUCGAUUAAUCGAUUAACUGCUUAGUUCGAAUAAUCGAGUAAUCGCAUAAAGAACAUGAAAAAUUAAAAUACCUGAGCCGAGCCUCAAACAGUAUCAAAAAACAAAUAAAUAAGAAUCUAUGUACAACAAUAGAACAAUUGGCUAACUUACGUAGCAAAAGUCCGCUAGCUUAAAUGCUCUAAAACGCUUUUUUUUUUUUUUUAAACAAUGUUCUUAAUGGUUCAGACACAUAUUCCCACAAUACAUGGUUAAAUAUACCUAUAAACUAAAUUACGAAUGCAUUAAAACAAACAUUACCUCAAACAAAAACUUAGUUUAUGUUGGUCUUAACAUGGAGCAGCUGGAUUCAGCCAUGUGAAAUGAGGCAGACUAGAGGGCAGUGUAUCCACCCAAAUCAAUAAAACUAAAUGCAAACACUUUCAAAAUAAACCAUUGCAACGCCACUUUAAACGAAUACUCGAAGCAGCACGAUUUAAUUCGAAUAUUUUUUUAAAAUCGAAUACUCGAGUUAAUCGAUUAAUCGUUGCAGCCCUACUGCCAACCCUUCCUGUUCAAAUGGAUUGGACAUCUACGACGUCAAUGGUACUGAAACACAAUUAGUCGUGGCUAGACUUGCCUGUUCAAAUGGAUCAGACGUCUAUCGUCAUCAAUGGUGAGUUAAUAACCACAGCAUCAUGUUUCGCUACCAAAGACUCCUACAAACUAUUUUGGAAUCCACAUAUGCAAACAAAAAUACAUUUUUAGUAGUUUAUAAGAGUUUCCAAGCAGCUGUUUUGUUUAAGUAUAUAUGGCGGAAAACAUUGACUUGAAGUUCCACUCUGAGACCCUCAAUUUGGCCAAAUUUCAAAAUUGUCCGAUAUGAAUGUGUGAUACAUCAUUGGAAAGCUUAAAAUCUCCAUUUUCUGGGGAAAGAAAAAUUUUGAAAAGGAGGGCAUAUAUUUUUUAAAAAUGUCUUUUAAACAGCAAAACCCUAUCUGGAGGCGAGAGCACGUGAGAGCAGAAUUACAGACGCCAUGACUUUAACGAGAUAUUAUCGCGUCUUGUUUCGAUAAAAAAACUAUGUAGCAUGUAUCACUGAGUGUCAAGACACAGAUGUGAAUGCCCACAGCUGGAUUUUUGGAGGAUUUUAUGAGUGAAACAUGGCAAUAUAACAAGGGUCGUGGUGCAGAAAUCGCAGACAUCAAGGAGUGGUCGAGAUUUUCUUUUUCAUAUAUUUACCUCUUUAAAUGUUUUUUUUCCCCCAAUUUUUUCUUUGUUUGGAUCAUCAUUUAUUAUCUAACAUAUCGGGGAAAAUGCGACAGUAACAACGAAAAUACAAUUAAGCGAUAGUUAUGAGGUAGAUAUCCGUGACUUUUACAGAUGCCAUUUUUUCAUUGCGACGUCAUUUGUUUAAACGUUUAAAAUAUGCGAGUGAAUAAUUUUUGAGUCGUUUAUUAAUGUAUUUUUUUAAACUAAAUAUUAGACAUCAAUUAAUGAUUCUAAGCUAAAAAUGACAGACAUUUUGAAUAAUAAAUAUAAUUAAUUACCUUGAUUUUAAGGCUGGGUUAAAACAAAAGCGGUUGGUUGCACGACGUCUGUAAACGGUGGUUUUUAGGGUAAAACGGACAAAUUAAAAAUAGUUCAGGUGCUUAAUGUGCCAUGAAUCUGCUAUGGCAGCAUAUAGACAUAUUGUUCUAUCAAACACAACAGUUGUUUUGGCUUAAAAUACAGCAGUUUCUUUUAAAGAGAUGUGCAAGAGCAGAAACUGCUUUUUCAGUCUUAUCUGUGUUUUCCGCCGUAUGUGUGUGUGUAUAUAUAUAUAUAUAUGGAGGGAAACACUCAGUUGACUUGAAGUUCCGCUCUGAGACCCCCAAUUUGGCCAAAUUUCAAAAUUGUGCUAUAUGCAUGUGUGAUAAAUCAUUGGAGAGCUUAAAAUCUCAAUUUUCUGUGGGAAGAAAAAUUUUGAACAGGAAAGCAUUUAAAAAAAAAAAAAAAAAAGUUAACAGCAAAACCCUAACUGGAGGUGAGAGCAUGAGAGAAAAUAAUUAAAGACGCCAUGAUUUUAACAAAAUAUUAUUGCGUACUUACCUCUUUUCGAUCCAAAAACUCCAUGUAGCAUGUAUCACCGGGUGUCAAGACACAGCUGUGAAUGGCAGCAGCUGGACAUUUUUGUAAUAUAACGGGGCGGCGAUGCAAGGAAUGUUCAAGAUUUUCUUUUUCAUAUAUUUACCCUUUUAAACGUUUUUUUUUUUUUUUUUCAAAUUUUUCUUUGUUUUGAUCAAUUAUUUAACAUAUUGGGGAAAAUGCGACAGUAACAAAAAAAAUACAGUACAAUUAAGCGAUAGUUAUGAGGUAGAUAUCCGUGACUUAUUUACAGACACUAUUUUUUUCAUUGUGAUGUAAUUUGUUUAAAAGUUUAAAAUAUGCGAGUGGAGUUUUUUUUUUUUUUAACUAAAUAUUAGAUAUUAAUUAAUGAUUCUAAGCUAAAAAUGACAGACAUUUCGAAUAAUAAAUUUAAUUACCUUCUUUUUAUGGCUGGGUUGAAACAAAAGCGGUUGCGUGACGUCUGUAAGCAGGGGUCUCCAGGGUAAAACGGACAAAUUAAUAGUUCAGGGGCUUAAUGUACCAUGAAUCUGCUAUGGCAGCAUAUAGGCAUAUUGGUCUAUCAAGCACAACAGUUCUUUUGGCUUUAAAUACAGCAGUUUCUUUAAAAGAGGGGUGCUCGAGCAGAAACUGCUUUUUCAGCCUUGUCUGUGUUUUCCGCCAUAUAUGCAUUUCUGUUUAAAUAAACCAGUUUCUCUCCUUUUGGACGCAGCUUUAAAUGUGUUUUCUAACCAAAAUGUUUGCCAAAUCAUUAGGAACACAUCCAAUCCAAGAAGUAUAUUGAACUUGAUGCUUUUGCAAAGAUUAGAAUACUCGUUUGUUUUACUGUAUAAGCUAACAUCAUUUGACAUACUUUAUGGGUGGGAGUCAAAUAAACAUCAUAAAUUAAUACAAAUAUUAUCAUUUCAUUACAAUUGCGGGAAGUGAGACCACAUAUUACUACAUUAUAGUUAUACUGCAAGUCACUUGAUCAUUGUUAUCUUUGUAAAGACGCAAUUAAUCAAGUUUACCUUCUUAAUAAAGUGAUUUAAAAAAAAAAACAAAAAAACUGCUGUCUCACAUAAACUAAUUUGUUUUUGUACUUGUCAACAAAUUUGUGUGCUUUUUAACUUUUUAACGUAUUCGGAAAACAGACAUCCCUUUUGCUAGUUUCUUCAGAUAAUUCAAAAACAUGCCGUGUGUUUUGUCACCGCCUUUGUGCAAUAAAUCCAACUAAAACAGCCCCAUUGGAAUAUUUGUAUUUAUUGCAAAUUAAUGAUUUAUAUUUUUAAAUGGAUGGUUCACAGUGGGAGUCUGACAGCAGGCUCAACUGAGGGUGAUCUUGCCCAUCCUGACAACUUUUUUUUCCCCUC